AUGGCGAAAUCUAGCUUGAAGGCUAAGCCGACGAGAGGUGCCAGAAUCGCCUUGAAAUCUGCCAAGACGGACGAAAUCAUUGAAUCGAUGAAAACGCUCACCCUCAUGGAAGCCUCGGAACUCGUCGCCCAAAUCGAAGAAACGUUCGGCGUCGACGCCUCCGCGCCGGCGGGCGGCGGUAUGGUCAUGGCGGCUGGCGCGGCCGCUGGUGGUGGUGAAGCGGCCGAAGCGAAGACGGAGUUUGACUUGGUUAUCACUGAAGUCGCCGCGGACAAGAGAAUCGCGUGCAUUAAGGUUGUCAGAGGCUUGUCCGAACUCGGCUUGAAGGAAGCGAAGGACGCCGUGACCAACUUGCCGUUCACUUUGUUGGAAGGUAAGAAGAAGGAAGAUUGCGAGGCGGCGCAAAAGACUUUGGAAGAGGCUGGCGCUAAAUCCGAAUUGAAGUAA